ACGUGUUGCCCGAACGCGCGGAGGGGCGCCCCGUAGGCUCGAGCUGCCAAGCCUCGAUCCGCGUCGGUCUACAGAAGCGCAGUUCGAUGGCUUAAGGGCGCACAUCCAGGCCAAUAUGGCCGCGAACGCUUUUCUCCCGUCGGCGCUUUAGGCCGAGGCUCCAGCGCUUUAUUUCGAGGCGCAGCUACCCGUGCGUUUACGCGCCAAGGCCAGAAUAGAAGUGUAAUCAAAGGGUAUCAGCGAUGAAUAUGUCAGUGGAGAAGAAGAAGUACCCCUCGGCCUUGCCAACUAAUUGGCCGAGCCGGGAUGAGCAGCCGCCGCGGAAGAGUCAAAGCCAACAACAAUUGACGUCCACGGGGAAGGUUGACGUUUUCUACUACAGUCGUGGAGUAAGAAAUGAUGCAUCACUGGUACCACCGAUCAGGCAAACUGCAUCGAUUUUCAAACAACCAGUAACUAUUUACAAAACACAAGAAGGCAAAGUUAAAGAUAUAAAACAUGGAAAUCAAGAAAAACCCAAACAGCUAUUCUGGGAAAAACGUCUGGAGGGUCUCAGAGCCUGUGAUCCCGACGGCUACGAAUUCGAUGGUAUGGACCUACCAAAAUCCCUCAGACCGGUUGGACCUUACAUUACCGAGGAAACGUUAUUACAAAGUGUCGCUACUGCCCUCCACGUUUCCACGCAGCCGGUUACCGGUCAAAUGGGUCCAAAAACUUCACUUGAGAAGAAUCCCGGUGUCUUCCUCAAUCCCGACCAGCCGCUCGUUCAGGCUGUGUCGAUAGCAGACGAAGAUAUCAAACGACAAGAGGAAAGAGUAGCUAUCGCAAGAAAAAAACUGCAAGAAGCAUUACGUUCUAUAUACGCGUAAAUUUAGGUUACUUCGUCAUUCAUUUGCUCAUACCAUCAGCGUUUUUUCUCCUACUAGCUCGUAAGCGCGUUAUAAAAAUAUGUUAAUCGUCAUUGUAAUAAAUAUUUUCUAAAAAAAUGGAGAAAAAAGUACCUUGGAUGGGUAGCAGAAAUGCAAGUUAAUCCUUCCUUAAAGCCUCAUUAUACAAUUCAUUCCUGCAUCUUCAUAGACUAUAUUGUAUAAAUAUUGGAGGCAAGUGUUGUAUGAGAUUAUAUAAUUAUUGUAAAUAAUGUUAGAAGAUGUGAUUUUCCAAUACUAACGAAGAAGCAAUUGCGAGUCGUGAGAAUAAAAUGAAUUUAAUAUCUAUUUAUUUACAUGAUACGUGGAGAGACUGAGAAUCAAUAAGAUAUAUUUAUUAAUCGCGUAAGAUUCUUCAAACGAUGUAAUUAAAUAUUGAAAAGAAACCGUAAUGUAACAAGCUACUUUCUUUUGUAUAAUAAGAAAUUGUUAUAAAGAUAGUAACUUAUUCUUGUGUUCAGCAAACAAUUUAUAUGUAUCGUA